UCUCGCGACGGUUACCUCCGGAUGCAGCUACUGUGAGGAAAACAAACGUUAACUUACUGUUGGCCAGAUUGGUACCAGCAUGAGCAGCCUGGAUGGGGUCGAGAGGACUACUCUCCCCCAAACCCUCAGCCUCACUAUUUCCGACGGUGCCCCAAGAGACCCGGACCCACAUCAGUACCUGAGGCUUCGCGACGAAACCGAGGCGACGCAGGUGAUGGCGGAGACGGGUGAGGGAAGCUUGGAGGCUGUUGCGCUCCCACCGCCUCAGCUUUCGGAGGCGGGCGUACCACGGAAUCCUGCAGACUGUGGCUAUAUUCCCGGAAUCCGAGUCAGUGGGGGUCGCGGCCACGUAGCUAUCAGAGCUGGGCAGGAAGAGACUCUGCCUCCCACAGAGGGCCUGGAAGCCGCAACUGACAACAUAAAAAAUGGCUUUCAGUGGCGAGAAAAGGCCCUAAAAAGCUGUUGCGCAGAGGGGUCGUGGUCUGAAGCGAUGGAGGGGCCGAAGGUUGAGGACUUGAAGUCUGGAAAGUGCGCCACCCUCCCAGCAGUGAACGAGGAGGAGAGAGCUGAGGCGGAGGAGAGGGCUGUUCCGUCAGAGGCGGCGGUGGCGGUGGUGGAAGAUGCCAUGGAGGUGGAGCAGAAGCCAGUAGGUGAAGAAGUAGAAGCGGUGGAGGAAAAUCGAGUGGUAGAGGAGGUGAAGGAGGAGGCAGGGCCCUGGCCUCUGAAUGCGGCCCUCCGCAUGGACCCUUUGGAGGCCAUCCAACUGGAGCUGGACACUGUGAAUGCUCAGGCUGACAGGGCCUUCCAGCAGUUGGAGCACAAGUUUGGGCGGAUGCGUCGACACUACUUGGAGCGGAGGAACUACAUCAUUCAGAAUAUCCCUGGCUUUUGGAUGACUGCCUUUCGUAACCAUCCCCAGUUGUCCCCCAUGAUUAGGGGCCAAGACGCAGAGAUGUUAAGGUACAUAACCAAUUUGGAGGUGAAGGAACUCAGACACCCUAGGACUGGCUGCAAGUUCAAGUUCUUCUUCCGAAGAAACCCCUACUUCAGAAACAAGCUGAUUGUCAAGGAAUAUGAGGUCAGAUCCUCCGGCCGUGUGGUGUCUCUUUCCACUCCAAUCAUAUGGCGCAGGGGACAUGAACCGCAGUCGUUCAUUCGCAGAAACCAAGACCUCGUCUGCAGCUUCUUCACCUGGUUUUCAGAUCACAGCCUUCCAGAGUCUGAUAGAAUUGCUGAGAUUAUCAAAGAGGACCUGUGGCCAAAUCCACUGCAGUACUACCUGUUGCGUGAAGGAGUCCGUAGAGCCAGACGUCGCCCAAUAAGAGAGCCAGUGGAGAUCCCCAGGCCCUUUGGGUUCCAGUCUGGUUAACCUCUGCCCUCGGGAGUAUUUCUGCACAAGGUUCCCUACCACCUCCUGCUGGACCUGUGCUUGGGCAACAGCAACUGGUAUGGCUCCCUCCCUUUUUUUUUGCUGACAUUUCUGCACCCUCUCUCCUGGAUGUUUACGUCCCUCAACCUCAAGAUUUGCAGUCAUGGGCAUUCUUCUCCACUUCCACAUGGCCUUCUUGCUUACUGUUCAAUAUUACUGUCACAUGCUUUGUGGCCAUGGUCCACACCACUUCUGAGCCAAGCAAAUGAUGCUGUAGAUUGUACUGCUUUAUCUGCACUGCUUGAAUCCUUUUUGUUCCCAGAGCCUCUGGUUUGGUUACUAUCACCUAGAUGCCUGGCUUUAUCUAGGAACUUACUCUACUGACUCUGCUAGCUUCUUUGAGUACAGGAAUGUGGUCUGUGGACAGUUACUAAGUAUUAAUUACAUUAAGGGAGAGCUGUGGUGGGACACUUAUUCUGAGUGAUAUGUGCUACUCCAUUGUUCUUCUUGCACCUCUUGUCAUGUUUUGCUAUCUGCUAUGGACUAUGUCCACCCCUUAACCCCCUUGGCUGCUGCCAAGGUCCCUUUUUCCCUCUUUUCCUCCUAUCUUUUUAAAAAAGAAAGUGAUAGUUCACAAACCUCUGCAAUAGCAAGCCUUUUAGUUUAUUUUGACUCUGUAAUUUCCAGAAAAAGGAUAUCCUGUAAGAGACUAUUUAAGAGCUCUUUUUGUCCCCCUCUUCUCUCUUUCCAACUCUUAAGCCUCUUUAGCAGCUCCUAGAGGUUUUUUAAGGGGAAAGAGAAGAUGGAAUCAAAGGUGAGAUACAGUUUAUAAUGGAUGGAGAAGAUUACGGUGGGUGCCAUGAGGAGGGGGGAAACUAAACAAGAGGCUAAAGGCAGAAAUAAGCCAGGUAAAAAUUAGGUCUAGAAGGAAGACUUGGCUAAGAGCUUUCAAGAAAGGACUACUUAAUCAGUGGGGAUGGGAGAAGUACCUCUCAGGAUUACUGCAGGAGAAUUGAAGAGAGUUGCAGUGUUAGAAAUGGUUGCCUAAGCAAGCGUUCUUUAAAGAAACACGAAACAAUGCAACUUUGUUUUCUCAUUUUUAUGUGACCUAGUUUAUGUAGAAGAUUAAUAUAUGCCCGUUUACUACUAUUUAGUAAAAUCUUGUUAUUUUCUGUUUCUCAUUAUUGGGGAAAUUGAGCAGUGUAAGCUUUCCUUUGCUUUCACUUGGUAGCAUUGAAAAGGACAAUUGUACUUUCCAGUACAAUAUAGAAGCAUGAAUAUUCGUAACAGUUUUCAACUUGUUCUUAUUUUUGUUAACCUGUAUUCUUAGAAACAUAGUUUGAAUAGCUUGGUCUUUGUCAGGCUUGUCAAAUUGUUAUCUUUGUGGAAAAAUGAUCUACAAAAAAGUGUGUGGCUUGAUUGGAUUGUCUUAUUUGGUAAUUUGCCCUAGUAACAAUUUAGUAACUGAUGUGUAUUUUUUCCUAAAUUGCAAAAAUAAUGUGAAGUUGCUCUGACAAAUUGGAAGUGUAUCAUUGGCAUAUUUGUCUUCCUUUAUGCAUGAUGGUAAAAUAAAAGCAUGUCUUUCUGCUA